CUUGCCUCUAACAGCUGAUUUUACCAAAACAAAGCUAACACGUGAAAUAUCAAAAACGUAAAUAAAUUAAUAAAUUCAAGUGAUUUGAGUGAUUUUAAAAGCAAAGAUGUCAUCGGAAGAUGAACCUUCAUCAGCUUCAGAGCAGGAGGAAAGCAGCAGCGAAGAUGAAACUCAGAAUGCCAUUCGCCAGGACCUCAAAGGCAUGUCCUUCGAGGAGAUCAUGAAACUGAAAGAAGAACUAGGCGCCAAGGUCUACAAGGAAGCCGUUCUGGGGGGAAAAGCCACAAGAACCAACAAGAAACCCAAAACCAAGACCGAUUUGAAAAGACUCAACAAAAAUCGACCCCGUGAGAUGUCCUCCCGACGACAGGUUCCGUUCCUGGGCGCCGAGCACCGAGUGGAGCGCAAGAAAACCACAGAGCUAAGGGAUCCGCGUUUCGACGAGAAAUCAGGCACCUACCAUGCGGAGACCUUCAAGAAGAACUACGAGUUUGUCACGCAAAUCCGCGAUAAGGAGGUGGGUCAGCUGAAGAAGCAGCUGGACGAGAUGGAGGAUAACGAGGAGAAGCACAAGAUAAAGCACACCAUGCAGCGACUGAUCAACAAGAACGUGGAGGACAGGAAGUGGCAACAAAAGCAGAAGCAACUCAAAAAAGAACGCGACAGGAUCCAGAAGAAACACAACAAAGGAGAGCUCCCGCACUAUCUAACAAAGAAGGAACGUCGUGCCAAGGAGCUGGUGGCCCAAUUCGAGCAGCUAAAAAACACUGGAAAGCUGAACAAACAUCUGGAAAAGCGCCGCAAGAAGAACGCCGCCAAGGACCGCAAGCGCAUUGGCAUAGAAUAAGUCUUGUCUUCUCUUUAAGUAUACAUGUAUUUUUAACAAUUAAACACAGCGCUUUUAGUGAACUUA